UGCUGGCACCAAACUCAAGUUUAUUGUGAAAGUUCCUGCAUUAACAAUUCUAUCACUGAUUAAAAAAAAUCAAAUCUCUGAUCAGAACUUUCUCUUCAUUUUUCCCUUGUAAACUUGAAGAAGAAAGUAGAUUUUCAUAUAUUAGAAUGAAGUUCCACCCUGGAAAUUCUGUCUCUUCUACUUCAUUCAUUAUUUUCUCUGUCAUUAUAUUUUUCCUUAAUGAUGGAUGUGCCAUGAUACUACCUAAAAAUGAAACAGGUCAAGUUCCAGCAGUUUUUGUAUUUGGAGAUUCAAUCGUGGAUACAGGAAACAACAACCAUCUCAAUACUUUAAUAAAGUGCAAUUUCCCUCCAUAUGGGAAAGAUUUCCAGGGAGGAAAACCUACUGGAAGGUUUAGCAAUGGAAGGGUUCCCUCAGACUUCAUAGCUGAAGAAUUAGGUCUCAAGGAGCUCUUGCCAGCUUAUUUGGACUCAAACUUGCAACUUCAAGACCUUCUUAGUGGCGUAAGUUUUGCCUCUGGUGGUGCAGGAUAUGAUCCUCUCACAUCCAUGAUGAUGUCUGUCUUAUCAUUGUCAGAUCAAUUAGAGAUGUUCAAGAAUUACAUAAAGAAAAUAAAGGCAGCAGCGGGUGAAGACAGAAUGGCCUCUAUACUAUCAAAGGGAAUAUACAUGUUGAGCAUAGGGACUGAUGACAUUGCAAAUACUUAUUUUGUCAGGAUGUUUCAGUAUGAUAUCAAUUCUUAUACGGAUCUAAUGAUCAAUUCAUCUUUAAGUUUCUUGCAAGAACUCUAUGCAUUGGGUGUGAGAAGGAUUGGAGUGUUAAGUAUACCAGCAAUAGGGUGUUUGCCGAUGCAAAGAACACUGAGAGGAGGCUUACAAAGAAGUUGUUCAGCGUCUUUAAACCAAGCAGCAAUUCUCUUCAACUCCAAGCUCUCCUCUCAAUUGGUUAAUCUCAACAAAAAGCUUCCAGCAGCUAAACUCGUCUACAUGGAUAUGUACUAUCGAUUACUUCACCUUAUCCAACACCCUACAGAACAUGGAUUUGAAGUAGUGGAUAAUGGAUGUUGCGGCACGGGAGAUUUUGAGGUUGGCAUCUUAUUUUGUACUUACAAUCCAAAUACAUGCAAGGAUGACACUAAAUACAUCUUCUGGGACAGUUAUCACCCCACUGAACGAGCUUAUGCCUUGCUAACCUCUCAGAUGAUUAAGAGCACUAUUCAUAAAUUUUUCUAAGAGACAUUCUCUUUACUUCAUCCUAUUCUAAUUAAACUGCUUAUAAUACAAGUUUUAUUUAUUUAUUAUUACCUAUAUCACUGUAAUAAAAGCGAUUUUUUUUUCUAUUUUACUUGUGAUGUAACAUGCCCUUGAAUGUACUCAUUUGGAUCUUUAUGUUGAUGAACUUCAAAUGGAAAUAUUUAUCAAUAAGUGCA